ACUUACAUACAGUUUUAUUUGCUUAACAAUUUCUCUCCACAUUUUCGAGUUACGCAUUCCCCACUUUGAAUCGAAAAAGAUCUUACGAAAUGGCAUUUGUCGGUCGCAUAAACAUCCAUGGAAAUUAUGUUGAUUGUUCAGCGAUAAGCAACGGUCGCUCCAAGCUGAAGCGGGAGACUCCAGUUCCGGUCCAUGCUACGGAUAAGAAAAUCGAGAUGGAAGACCGGCCCACAAACUACUCGCGGACUUACAUCAAGUUGUAUGACUCUGAGCAGCUACCCAGUCCGCCCACAGCUCGUUAUGUGGACCACUCCGCAUCGUCCUGCGACCUCAACUCGAUGGCCGAUACGGAGGAGUCCACACUGCGCUAUAGCUCGCCUCGAUCCUUCGAAACGGAAAUGGCAACGCUGAGACCGUCUAGCUGCAGCAGCGACAACGGCUCCACGUCAGACGGUAGCCGAGAUGCCGUUGUGCUCGUUGAAGUGGAGAGGCCACAUCAACCGUUGCGACUUGAGCACUGUCGGAUGGAGGCACCACGGCUGGAAAGAGGCUCCACUACCUCCAUGUGCAGCUGGGAGGAAGAGGAGACUGUCUCCAUGUACCCAUCUAUGGAUGAGCAGACAGCCGAACUGGAGACUCAGAGCAGCUGCUAUGUGCCUCAACUCGAGCUGGGCUCGGACACAGCCUCCCUGUACUAUGACCAGCAAGUGCAAUUGGAUCAGUUAAAGGUGAUGCGUCGCUCCAACGAGGCCUACAAUAAUUGGCUUUCGGCCAAGAAGCGGCAACACCAAUACAAGCAGCAGGCAGAGCUCGAACAACGCCAGCUAAAACAACAAAAGGACGCACAGCGUCGACAACUUAAUGAGCAGCGGGUGCAAGAGUGGUGUGAGCGAAAGGCACGUCAAUCCACGAACACAUUCCUGCGGAAAGCAAAUACAGAGAAAACCCAGACCACCUGCCACCCCCAACCCUAUCCGCAUCCACAAUUGGAUGAGGUGGCGUUGAAGAGCCUGCAGUGCUGGGAGAUGAAAAAAGCGCAACAGGCUGAGCAGCGAUUCCAGAUUCAGCAGCGUGAAGCACAGCGAAAGCAACAGCAGCAGCAGCAGCGCAAACAGCAGGCGACUCUGGCGUGGCAGCAAUGGAUGAAGGGCGUGGCACAACGCCCAAAACCAGUGCCACUUAAUCAGGGCAUGAAAACGCUGAGUGGCACUAUCUCCGAUAUCUACAUAAAUCCAAAUGAGUGGAUACAUAUUGCGGAUCAGACUAGGAACUAAAUAAACAGUAAGCAACUUAACUUAA